AUGGACGUAAUAACGUAUUGGAAGAGUACUUUGGAUAUGCUGGAAAGAGUGGUAAGCCUGCAAGAAUCUCUGGAGGCUCCAGAAAUUGUAAAAAUUUUAAAACCUUUUAAACAUUUGACAGAGGAAAUGUCAUCUCAAAAAGAGGUAACUAUUUCAAAAGUUUUGGCCGGCAACAUUGGUGUUAUUCAAGUAUUGUCCAAUAUCGAAUUUAAUGCAAGAUUUAAAAAUAGUUCGCGAUAUCCUUUACUAGCAAAAGCUCCACUACUUCAUCCCAAAUUUAAGAGGCAAACAUUUUUUGACGAUUCUUCCUAUGACCAAGCCAAAAAUUCUUUGAAGAAGGAGAUAAAACAAAUUACAUGGGCACCACUAGCUUCAGUAGCAUUGGAAUAA